AUGUUUAGGAUGCUGAAACACCAUCUUCACCCGGGCAUUUUUCUCUUCUUCAUAUGGCUUUGUCACCUCAUGGAACAUCAAAAAGUUCAAGCUGGGAACUGCUGGUUGCAGCAGGGAAAGAACGGGAGGUGCCAGGUGCUCUACAUGCCCGGGAUGAGCAGAGAGGAGUGCUGUCGGAGUGGAAGGCUGGGAACGUCCUGGACCGAGGAGGACGUUCCCAACAGCACGCUCUUUAGGUGGAUGAUCUUCAAUGGCGGAGCCCCCAAUUGCAUACCUUGCAAAGAAACCUGCGAUAAUGUUGACUGUGGGCCUGGAAAGAGGUGCAAGAUGAACAGAAGAAGCAAGCCACGCUGCGUGUGCGCACCGGACUGUUCCAACAUCACCUGGAAAGGACCAGUCUGCGGCUCGGAUGGCAAGACCUACAAAGACGAAUGCGCAUUGCUGAAGGCUAAAUGUAAAGGCCACCCUGACCUGGACGUGCAGUACCAGGGAAAGUGCAAGAAGACGUGCCGUGACGUCUUGUGCCCCGGCAGCUCCACGUGCGUCGUGGACCAGACAAAUAACGCAUAUUGUGUGACGUGUAAUCGGAUUUGCCCCGAGGUGACACCGCCUGAGCAGUACCUGUGUGGAAACGACGGGAUCAUCUACGCCAGCGCGUGUCACCUGAGAAGAGCUACCUGUCUUCUAGGCAGAUCUAUUGGAGUGGCAUAUGAGGGAAAAUGCAUCAAGGCCAAGUCGUGUGAGGACAUCCAGUGCAGUGCGGGGAAAAAGUGUCUGUGGGAUGCUCGGAUGAGCCGAGGCCGCUGCUCACUGUGUGAUGAGACCUGUCCAGAGAGCAGGACUGAUGAGGCGGUGUGUGCCAGUGACAACACCACAUAUCCCAGUGAAUGUGCCAUGAAGCAAGCUGCUUGUUCUAUGGGGGUGCUGCUGGAAGUCAAGCAUUUAGGAUCUUGCAACUCCAUUACAGAAGACCAGGAGGAGGAUGAGGAAGAUGAGGACUCAGACUACAUGGCCUAUGUCCAUUUAUCUUCUAUACUGGAUGGAUAGGCCCCCAUCACUAGGGAACAGUCCCAGGGCA